AAAAAACAUUGCAAAUUCACCGCCUCAAAGGAAAGCCGAUUUCUCACGGGUCCCAAACUGAAUAUUGCCGACUAAAAGCAGGAACAUUACCUGUCACAUGAAGUGCCUACGAAAAAUGCAGACUCGCUACAUCGAGAAUGCAGUGACAGUCGCCCGAACCUGUUUGAGCGCUACAAUGUGAAUAGUCAAUUUUCAACCGCAGAUCAUCAUUGCAGCUGUGACAUACAAGGCGAUUCCGAAGGGAAGAGCAUAACGCGACAACCAACCUGUUUUCUUUCGUUCGCCUUUUCCGCUCUAUCAGCCACCCGCUCUAAAACCACAAGAUUCAACCUUGAAUCCGGCAUUUGCCGGAAGGGGUCGAGACAGUGAUGUUCGUCCCGGUACGGGCAAUGGAAAGAGCAAGAUAAUCACACGCAUCCAUGGCAUGUGUUGGAGCGAUGGCGGCCUUGUCGGGGCGGAAGUGGGCCUCAUUGGCGAGAAAUGUGUGCAUGCUGGUCUCCCAUCGGGACGUGUUGAAGCUCCUGAAGGCGUCAGUCCAUCUGAGAAUGAAACCUGAGGUAGAUAGACAGCACAGCAAGUCACACAAACAGUUGCUCUAUUCUUCGCCUACCCUCGGAAAGUGGAUCAUAGUCAUACACUUUCACGUAGUCGUAAUACACGGUGAGCGGCAGCCUGGUGUGUUUUGCAUCGAAUAUUCCGGCCCAGUGCUCGGCCCACGGCAGCAGCGGAUUGAGUGGCCAUACGGACAUCCGAAGAUUCAUCGCCUCGUUGAGCUGCGCCACUUGAGGACUGCAAAGCGCCCCUGUCACGCCCUGAGCUUCGCAAGAGACUUCGUGACGGAUGCGCUGCCCGUCAAAAAACCAAGCGACAUGGUCCGGUGUCCAUUCGAUGGCGAAGUGAUGGAACCCUGUCUUUACUGCUUUCGUCUGCGUUUCCACGUCUCUUGAGCGACCAGGCGCGGGGAAGAACAUCUCGGAACUGCUGCGGUCUUCCAUGGUGCCGGUUAUAAUGUUGGUCUGGAUCGGCUCCUCGCUGUGGUUCCCCAUGCCGUGAACCUCAAAGUCGAUCUCCUUCCACGACGCCCCGCGAAUUUUAUCGCUCUCGUUCUUGUAAAGGAAGAAGGUAACCACGGUGCCAUUGGCGCGGGUGUUUGGGAACAAGCGUGUCUCAAAUCGCCCAUAUCUGAAGGGCUCAACACUGGCUACUUCUGCAGCAUCGAAAUUACGCCCGCAGUGCCCAUAACAAGAUCCUCCGAGGCCGGGGCAAAGGCAGCGAACGUCAUCGGUCUGAAGCCGCGCUGCGUCGAUGAAGGGAUCGCAAUCGCUGCUUCGGCGCUCACGGGGUCCGUCUACGGGGACAACCGCGCUUUGCUGGGCAACGUUUUUCAGCGCAAACAGCGCCCACACACUCGCUUGGAGUUCCAGUCGUUUCAUUCACCCGACAAAUAAAUAUGAUAACACAACGGUUAGG